AUGGAUACACACAACGAAGCAAACUCAGACCGAUUUUUGUAUGAGCAACUUGACGAGAGCAAACGUGAGAUCCGUCUGGUUCAACUGGCUUUCACUUCCAGCAACAAAACUCUUUGCGGUGUGAUUAAGCCCAUAGAUAGACUACGGCUUCGAGUGGAACAUCGCUCUCUCAAUGAUGAUGUCCCUUUCUCGGCACUCUCAUAUUGUUGGAACCCUAAGAAUUCAAAUACGCACAAAGUCGACUAUAACCCGGGUAGUGAAAGCAUAAAAAUCCAGAUUAAUGACGGGGACAUCUUCAUUGGGAGAAAUCUUUACGAUUUCCUUCACCAACUCCACCAAGAUCACUUUGACGGAUGGCUCUGGAUAGAUGCAAUAUGCAUCAAUCAAAACGACAUGGCUGAAAAGAAUUGGCAACUUUUGGAAAUGAGAAGCAUUUACAGCGAUGCUGAAACGGUCUUCAUGUGGCUAGGUGUCGGCACGGUUGAUACAGAUCAAGCCAUGGACUUUAUCUCUCAGGCAGGAACAGAAGCUGUCGAUUCUAUGGCCUCUAGAUUAACGGAUCAAACUUCUUACGAGAGCAGUUUCUAUCGAAUGUGA